AUAAUUGUGUCAGCGCAGGUCGUUACGCAUAAAGCUAAUAGAAUUAUUAUUUUUUGAUAUUUUUCAAAUAUCAGUCAUAUCAGUAAUAAUAAAUAUUUAAUAAUUGUGUUUCGCCCGCUUUUCAUAUUUACAUAUAAACAUGGUGCAGACGAAUGCCUACACAGAUGUCGUGGAGUUGUGCGCACUAUUACAGUGUUUAGGAUUCAGUAUAAAGUCUUUAGAAACAACCGAUGUUAGCAUCUGCCAAGAUGGUGCAACGCGUACAGUGGUUAUUAACUGUCAGGCUUCCGGAUUUCACGUUGUAAUGGAAAGUACAAAUUCUACUUGCUCGUGUCCCAUGGCGCCUACUCACCAAAAUAGCGGCUUUUGGGAAGUUUCUGGAGUCACAGGAGGAAAACAGUAUAGUAAGGAAUGUGGCAGUGCCCUACUUGGUUCACUCCCUAAAGCACAUCGGGAACGACUCACGUCACAGUUACAAGAUAUCGUCCGUUGUAUCAAAGAACACAACGAAUCAGAUGGGGAAAAACACAAGGAUGGUGUAGGAAAUAAGUCUGCUAGCAUGAUUGAAUUAAAGACACCAGAAAAACGACAUUAUCAAAUAACGUCUCAGACACCAACCCGUUACCGCUCGUUGGAUACGCUGACGACAGGUGGAAUGGCACCGGAACAGCUCCCUACUCCCGGCCCGUUGCUAAAAGACGCGAUUGAAGAUAACGCCGACGGGAAAAAAGUCUUAAUGUGUCAAAGGCAAAGUACAUACACACUUUCAUCGACGCCGGGAAGUUCAAGACGACGAAACAAAACAUCAAGUCCUAUUCAAAUGCCAUCGAGUUCCGUACUAGAAAACUUAAUGGGUGCAGAAAAAACGGCUGAGGAGUUGAGAAAUAAAAUAUCAAAUGUUAUAAAAGAAAUAGUUGAAGAUGGCAAGCUCGACUCUUCCAUGUCUUCAUUAGCACUGGACGUGUCGAAAAUAUCACUUUUAAGGGGUACUGAAUCUUCAAAAAUCCAGUUUGCAUCCAGUCCUAACCUAUCAGGAUUAGCAGUUCAAGAUGAAUGUAUGAAAAGGCUAAAACGAGUUGACAGUGCAUCGACAUCUAACUUAGCUCCCAAACCGCCACCGAAAGAUGGAAAAAUGGCCAAACUUCGUCGAAUAUCUCCAAAUCUAUUUAAACUAAGAAACAGUCCUAAUGUUGCCAAAACUGAUAAAGAAAAAACUACUCAUGACCCAAAAAGCAGCAAAUUAAAUAGUUUAUUCAAGCCAAGAAUAGUAACACCAGUGAGAGUAGCCAAAACAACUACUGAUGCUAAUGCCAAUCUCAGUUCUUCAAGAAAGAAAUUUAGCAAUGUGAAGUCUACCAUACCAAGGCCUGCUUCUAAAAAAGAAUGAAAAUACUUCGAAUUUCUUAUUUAAAUAAUUACUUAACUUAAUUAACAAUAAUAAUAAAAAUCUUUUUUUUUAUUUUUA